AUGCUCCAGGCGGAGGCUAUAGGCCACGUUGGGUCUGAGCUGGAGCGCAUGGUUGGCGAGGAUGAGGCGCGGCAGCAAGAGCAGCAGCAGCAGCAGCAGCAGCAGCAGCAGCAGCAAGAGCAGCAGCAGCAGCAAGAGCAGCAGCCGCAAGAGCAGCAGCGGCAAGAGCAGCAGCCGCAAGAGCAGGACGAGCAGCAGCAGCACGAGGAAGAGCAGCAGCAGCAUCUGCGGCAGCAGCUGCAGCAGCAAGAGCAGUCAGAGCAGCAGCAUUCAGACCAUCAGCAGCAAGAGCAGCAGCAGCAAGAGCAAGAGCAGCAGCAGCAAGAGCAGCAGCUGCAACAGCAUCAGCAGCAGCUGCAACAGCAGCAGCAGCAGGAGCAGCGCCUACGGCCUCCGUUUCGCCGGAUCUACCUUAUAAGCACCUACGUCAUCGGCAAGGAGCGCAUCCUGCUUGAAGCGGCUGCACGGACGCGCCUCAAAAUAUGCGUCAGCGAGCGCAAGUGGGACACUCUCGCGCUCUGCCUGCGCGAUGCGCGCACGCGGCGCUUCGCCGCGCGCACGCCCGCGGCUGCCGUGGCGGAGGAGGGGGGCUGUAUGCUGGGGGAGACCUGGCCCUUCUUCCGCCCCAACUUUGUCAGCAUGGAGGCGGCGCGGGCCAGGGCGGGCGCAGAGGAGGUGGUGGGCUUUGUCCCGACUGGCUGGCUGUAUGAGAUGAAGAAGGCACCAUUCCCUGUGCGCACCAAGGGCCCCUGCAGCGUGGUGCUCGUCCCCUACAGCGAGCACUCAAGCUUUGAGGAGCUGCGUCGCUUCGUCAAAUGGCUGCGCCCCCGGGACAUCAUACCGACCGUCGGCCCCGGCGCCGGCGCCGCGAGCGCGACCAACGGCGCGACGGCGGAGGCGGAGCGCGCGCGAGUGGCGGUCCUCAAGCACUUCAGGGGACUGAUUGACGGCAACGCCCGCAAGGCCGCGUUUCUAAGCGGCAUGCUGACGCGCGGCGCCAGCGGCGGCGCGGCGGGCGGCGCGCAGACGGCAGCCGGCGGCGCCGGCGGCGCCGGCAAGGGGGGCGCUGCGGAUGGUGCGGCGGCGGGGGCGGGUGGUGGCGCAGGCGCAGAGGCAGGCGCAGGCGCAGGCGCUGAUUGUCUGGGCAGCGUCGAGCAAGACCCCCUGUUUGGUGUACUGCAGGAGGAGCAGCAGGAGCACCAGCAGCAGGAGCAGCAGCAGGAGCAGGAGCAGCAGCAGCAGCAGCAGCAGCAGCACGAGCAGCGGCAGCAGCAGGAGGUGGAGGAGGAGGAGGAGGAGGAGGAGGUGGAGGAGGAGCAGGAGGAGGACAAGGGCGCGUGCACCGCCCACGACGCAGCCGCCGCAGCCGCGGUCGAAGAGGUGUGGUCAGUGCUCGGUGGCGGCGAGUCCGGGCUGUCGCUGUACGAGGCGGCGCGCCUGCUGGACGCGGCCGGCGGCAGCGCUGAGCUGGCGGUCGCGAGCUUCUUCGAGGCGCAGCAGCUGCAGCAGCAGCAGCAGCAGCAGCAGCAGCAGCAGCAGCAGCAGCAGCACGGCGGCGGCGGUGGUGCGGGCGCCGACGGGGGUGGUGCGGUUUGCGAGUUUAAAGGGAAAGCAGCUGCAGGGCCGCGGCUGGAGGCGGCACUGGCGACGGCGCGGCAGCAGGCAGCGCGGCAGCGGCCGGCGGCCGCGGGCUCGGCGGCGGCACCAAGGCUUUCUGGCGCCAAGCGGCCGCCGGGCGCAGGGGCCGCCGGCGGGGGCGGCUCUGGCGCCAAGCGUGCGCGUGGCGCUGGUGGCGCAGGGGCAGCCAAGAGCCCAAGCAGUGCCAAAAGCAGCGGCAGCGGCGGUUUCGGCGGCGGGGGCGGCGGCAAGUUGACGGGCGGCAAAGGCAAAGGCGCGGCGCAGGCGGCGCCUGGCUUUAAGCAGCGCAGCAUAGCCUCAUUUUUCUCCAAGGCAGCGCCAGGCAGCUCGCCGGGCGGGCCUGCCGCCUCGGGAGCAUUGCCGUCAGGGUGUGGCGUUGCUUCUCGGCAGCAGCAGCAGCAGCAGCAGCAGCAGCAGACGCAGCAGCGGCAGCAGCAGCAGCAGCAGCUGCAACGGAGUCAACUCCAGGGCAGCAAACAGCAGGGGGUGCAAGCGGCGGCCCCGCCGGCGCGGAGACAGCUGUUGAAGGAGGGGUCCUGCAUUGUAAAGCUCACACUGGGUGACGCCCGCGACAAGGAUGGUCAUGACAGCGACCGUGUGGUUGCGGAGGAGGUGCAGGCAGUGCGGCAGCAAGACCAGCAGCAAGGAAAGCAGCAGGAGCAGCAGCCGGAGCACCAACAGGAGCAGCAGCAGGAGGACGAGCAACAGCAGAAGGAGCAGCAGCAGGAGGCGCAGCAACAGGAGGAGGAGCUGCAGCAGGAGGAGGCGGGGCGGCAGCCAGUGAGGAAGCGCCUGAUCUUGCACGAGCUGUUUGCGCAGCAGAAAAAGCGGCAGGAGGAGCGGCAAAGAGGCAGCGGUACAGCAGCAGACGAAGAGCCGGCCCUGCCGCCCCCACAGGCGCAGCAGCAGCAGCAGCAGCAGGAGGAGGCGGAGGCGAGUGCGUUCGUUCAAGCAGGCGGGAGUUGCGGCGCCGAGGCACGUGAAGGGGCGCAGGGCAACGCGCUGCCCGCCACAAAGCGCCGCAAAGCCGGGCAGCAGCAGCAGCUGCCGGCCCCUUGGGCGGCCGCCGCGCCGCGUGCCGGCGCGGCUGCGGACGCGGCGGCCGCAAACGACCCCGCUGCGGCACCACUGGCAGCCGGAGGGGCGGGGGCUGCUGAUCCAAAAAGCGGCCUGGAUGCCAAGAUCCCCAUCAACCAAGACCAGCGGGAUGCUCCUCUGAUGGACAUCCGCCGCUUCGACCCCCGAAAACACUGCUGGUGGGCGCCAGCCCCUGCGCCGGCCUGCGCUGCCUCUAGCGCCAGUGGCGGGGCCGGCGCGGGCGGUGCGGGGCUUCGGCGGCCUGCAGCGGGGGGUGCAGGCCCUGCGGCCGAGGCGGCGGCGGAUGCGGCGGGAGAGGGCGGGGCGGCGCCAUACCUGGCGCUGGCGCUGGCGUUCGCGGCGGUGGAUGGGACGCGCUCCCGGCUCCAGAUCGACACGGCCUUCACAAAUUUCUUCCGCACCAUCUUGGCGCUGGCGCCUGACGACCUCCAGGCCGCCGCGUUCCUGACCUGCGGCAAGAUCGCCCCAGAUCACGCAGGCUUAGAUCUGAGCGUCGGCGGUGCGACGGUGUCCGCAGCGCUGGGUGACGUCACCGGCGCGAAACGAACCGCCAUGAGGAAGCUGUACGGGCAGCACGGGGAUCUCGGGGACGUGGCGCUGGCCCUGAAGCGUAGCCAGGCCACGCUGCGCGCCCAUGCGCCGCUCACGCUGCGCGGCGUCUUUGCAGCCCUCCACCGCAUGGCAACAGACAGGGGCCAGGGCAGCGCAGGGCGGCGUCAGGCGGCGGUCGCCAAGCUGCUGCGGGCGUGCAGGAUCAUGGCAAUCGGCAUUCUGUGCGGCCGGGGUGCGCUUGGCCCCCUGGCGAAGGCGGCCCUAAUUCACCAGGAGGGCGACGGCUGGACCUCCCGGGUCACAAAAAAGCACCUGGAUGACGCGGCAAAGGCGGCGGCCGCCGCCUACCAGACCUGCCCCGACCUCGGCCGCGUCGCCGCCACCCUCGCCGCCCACGGCCCCGGCGGCCUCGCGGCCCGCUGCGCGCUCACGCCCGGCGUGCCGGCCCAGCCGAUGCUCGCCAGCCCCGCCACGGGGGUGGGUGACGCCCUGAAGAAGCUGGGGCCGGCGCGGGACGUGCUGGCGGAAUGGAAGUACGAUGGAAUGAGGGCGCAGAUCCACCUGAUCUCGGCGUCCGAGGCGCGCGUGUUCAGCCGCAACUGCCAGGACUCCACUGCGGCGCAGCCAGAGGCCGUCGCGCAGCUGCGGGCUGCGGUCGCGCCCGGGGCGCUGCCGCUGGUGGUGGACGCGGAAAUCGUGGCGGUCAGCCGGAAGCCGGAGGGGCGGCAUUUGGCGGAGGCUACAGCAGCGGGCGAAACGUGCACAGAGCCUCAGCAGCAGCAGCAGCAGCAGCAGCAGCAGCAGCAGCAGCAGCAGCAGCAGCCCUAUCGCAUCCUCUCCUUCCAAGAGCUUGCCUCCCGCCCCCGCGGCAGCACCGCGCCUGCCGGCGCCAACAGCAGCACGCCCGCAGCCACUCCUUCUGCUGCCGCCGCGACGGCGGGCGUGCAGGUGUGCGUCUUUGCGUUCGACUGCCUCUGCGUGGGCGGUGACGUCAUCACGGGGCUGCCCCUGCGGGAGCGGCGCGCGCGGCUCGCAGCGGCGCUGCCAGGGGUGUCCUUGGGGCGGGUGGAGCUGGCUGCGGCAAUUGAGGUGCGGCAAAAGGGCGCGGCGGGGGAGCAGGGGCAGCAGCAGCAACAGCAGCGGCAGCCCGAGCAGGAGGUGGAGCAGGAGCAAGAGGAGGAGGAGCAGGAGCGGCAGCAGGAUGAGGAAGAAGAGGGGCUGGGGGAGGACGAGGAGGAGGGUCAGGGGUGCAGCAGCGACGCCGGCGAUGAGGGCGCGGAAGGUGCGAGCCACCAGCAGCAGCAGCAGCAGCAGCAGCAGCAGCAGCAGCAGCAGCAGCAGCAGCAGCAGCAGCAGGAGCGGCAGCAGGAGGAGCAAGCCGAGGAGGAGGAAGAGCCCGAGGCGGUCGCGGAAAUCUUUGGCUUUUUCGAGGCGGCGCUGGCGCGCGGCGCGGAGGGGCUGAUGCUAAAGCGGUUGGAUGGGGAGGGGUCGGGCUACGCGCCGGCCAAGCGCAGCGACGCGUGGGUCAAGCUCAAGAGGGACUAUUUGGAGGGCCUCGCAGAUUCAUUCGACGCAGUGCCCAUCGGCGCGUGGCGCGGCCAGGGGCGGAAGGUCAAGUGGCUGUCCCCCUUCCUGCUGGCUGUCUGGGACCCAGAGGCUCAAGAGUUCCAGUCGCUCUGCCGCGUCAUGUCGGGAUUCAGCGACGCAUUCUACGCCGCGGCCACGGAACGGCUUAUGGCCACUGCCAUCCCCGGGCCAAAGCCGUAUUUCAACACAGGCGAGCAGUGUGGGGUAUGGUUUGAGCCGACCGAGGUUUGGGAGAUCCGAGGCGCAGACCUGUCCAUCAGCCCUGUGCACAGGGCCGCCGCGGGGCGCCUGCACGCGUGGAAGGGCGUCGGGCUGCGCUUCCCCCGGUUCGUGCGGCUGCGGCCGGACAAGCGCUUGGAGGACGCGUCGGGGCCUGACACCGUGGUCGAGCUGUACCGCCGCCAGUCUCGCAGGGCAGUACAGUAG